AUGGGGACGGGGGUCAUGGGGGAGGCGGCGAGCCAGCCGAGGCCAGCGGUGCUGGGCACAUGGUCGCUUUGCUUCCCUUGCAGUGAGAUUAACCGGCUGGACCUGGGGCUGACGGUGGAGGUGUGGAACAAGGGGCUGAUCUGGGACACCAUGGUGGGGACGGUGUGGAUCCCCCUGCAGACCAUCCGGCAGUCCAACGAGGAGGGCCCCGGGGAAUGGCUCACCCUCGACUCCCAGGUCAUCAUGACCGACAACAAGAUCUCUGGCACCAAGGACCCCACCUUCCACCGCAUCCUGCUGGACACCCGCUUCGAGUUACCGCUCGACAUCCCCGAGGAGGAGGCCAGGUACUGGGCGAAGAAGCUGGAGCAGCUGAAUGCUAUGAAGGAUCAGGACGAUUACGAGUUCCAGGAGGAGCAGGACAAACCGCUCCCCGUGCCCGUCUCCCAGUGCUCAUAUGACGACCCCGACAGCACCAUGGACGACCGGGACAGCGAUUACCGAAGCGAGACCAGUAAUAGCAUCCCGCCUCCGUACUACACCACAUCCCAGCCCAACGCCUCGGUCCACCAGUAUCCCAUGAGGCACCAGCAGCAGAGCUCCCGCGACUCGUACACGGACUCCGUGCAGAGCUACGAGAUGGACUACUCGGAUCAGCGGCCCAUCAGCCCCACCGGGAGCAGCCGCUACGCCUCGUCCGGGGAGCUGAGCCAGGGCAGCUCCCAGCUGAGCGACGACUUCGACCCCGACAACGAGAGCCUGCGGGGCUCGGAGCUGGACGAGCGGGACGGGGACUCCUACCACUCCUGCCACAGCUCCGUCAGCUACCACGACGACUCGCCCCGCUGGGAGGAGGACUUCUACCCCGAGGAGGAGGACGAGGACUACAGCGAGAACGAGCAGGACUACCCCAAGGUGGAGGCCGAGGUGCCGCGGGACCGGGAGGCGGACAAGGCCAAGCCCCCGGAGCGCGAGCCCUACCCGCAGCCGCCGGCGAAGCAGCAAGUGCCCCUGCCGCAGGCGCAGCAGGUGCCAGCACUGAAGCAGCAGCAGGAGAGGAAGGAAGAGAAGGUGGCUUAUGUCCCCCAGGAAACUCCAGAGAUCCCCCAGGAAAAGCCAGCAGCGGAGGAGCCCCCAGUCCCAGAGAGAGCGCCGGAACCCCCAAAGCCAGCGGAGGGUUACAGAGAGCGGGAGGACGUGGAAGUCCAGGACGCCAAGUCCUGAGCCAAGGCCAACUGGCUAAAAGCAUUCAACAAGGUUUGCAUGCAGCUGCAAGAGGCCCGGGGAGAAGGA